AUGCCACGUGGCAAUCCAAAAUCCACGUUUGUUUUGCAGAACAUCAAAAACUAUGCGCCGAAAAAAAAUUUCGAACAAAUUCGAAAAUUCGCCGACGCCUCGCACACAUUUGUGGUAGGUCACAAGAAAAAACCGUGCCACGUGGCAAUUUGAAUUUUUGCAGAGGCUGGCCGAGGUGAAAAGUUCGGUUUGUUACACGGAUUGGAAUGUGGUGUGGCGAGUUUUGAACAAUUUGAGACAGGCUGGAAAUAUGGAUAGGUAUGGGGCUCAAAUUUGUCUGAAAAUCUAGAAAUUCUGAAAUUUUUGGUGUAAAAAUCGUGAAAUUUGAGCAAUUUUGAGCCAAAAUUCAAAAUUUCCAGAAAAGUCGCCGACUCGGAAAUGAUCAAAUUCUACAGUAUGCAAGAGAUGCGCGAAAAAUUUGGCGCCAAAAAUUUCGACGAAGAAAUUUUCAUUUUUGUCAAGCGCGAUCCGCUGGAGCGGGCUGUGGAGGAAUUUAUGAAAAUUUGUAUUGAGUGAGUGAAAAUUUCAGAUUUUCAGCUCAAAAUGCUCAAAAUUGUCCAAAUUUCACAAAUUUUCGCUCAAAAUUCCUGGAAAAUCUCAAAAUUUCAGAGAAAAACACCCGUGCUUCGGUUGCGGCUUCGAUUUCAUUUGUCAUCUCGAAAAAGUGCAUUUUCAUCUGGCUACAGUAUCCGCCAAAAAUUCGACAAUGCACUGGGAUUAUGUGAGGUAUAUUCCGCAGAAUUGGUUUUGUCAUAUGGCUAAUAUGAGCAAUCGAUUUUUCAUUUUUGAUUAUAAGGAAUUGAAGUAUCCGGAAUACGAUAUGGAAUAUGUGAGUGAUGCGAGAUUGACGCUUUUGUGGGAGCUUGGGAAUUUGCUGGCACAUUUUUUGUAGCUUAGAUGAUUGCUGACGUGUUUCAUGUAGUUUAGAUGGUUGCUGACGUGUUUUAUGUAGCUUAGAUGGUUGCUGACGUGUUUUAUGCAGCUUAGAUGAUUGCUGACGUGUUUUCUGUAGCUUAGAUAGUUGCUGACGCUUUUCGGAAAGCCUAGAGCUUUGCUGGCACAUUUUUUGUAGCUUAGGUGGUUGCUGACGUGUUUUGUGUAGUUUAGAUGAUUGCUGACGUGUUUUGUGUAGUUUAGAUGAUUGCUGACGUGUUUUAUGUAGUUUAGAUGGUUGCUGACGUGUUUUAUGUAGUUUAGAUGGUUGCUGACGUGUUUUCUGUAGCUUAGAUAGUUGCUGACGCUUUUCGAGAAGCUUGGCAAUUUGCUGGCGCAUGUUUUGUAGCUUACAAGAAUCCUUAAGCUACCGAAAAUGCGUCAGCAAAUCCAACACCUACAAAAUAUGCGUCAGCACUCCCCCCAUCAUAAAAACUAGCGAUUUUUCCCACAGAACUACAUCUAUCACCCCGAAGACUUCUCAACCGGCCUCCAAUUUUCCACCUAUCCAAACAGUAUGCGAAUCAAGAAUUAUUUGGUGGAUUUGGUGACGUCAAAUCGAGAGUUACUGGAACUUUUCGAGAAUAUUUACUAUUGGGAUUAUCAGAUUUUCAAUUACACUUUUCCGGAGAUUAA